CGAGCGCACAAAGACGGCCAACAACCCAUUCUGUCGACGUUCAAAUCGGCAACAUGACUGGCUCACGGGCAGUGAGCAUGGCCUUUCCGAGGCCAACUGCAUCAACAAGCAUGAGACUACUGCGGCUGCGAGUAGCCCAGGCGUCUCUCCAACAGCCUCGCCUCCUGCAGACAUCGGCACCCGCGACUGCCGCCCCCGCUGCAUCGACCUCUUCCUCAACAAUACCGCCCGAGGCAUCAUCAUCAGCAGCCACAUCAGCAGUAGCAGCAACACCUUCCGCACCAGCUCGAUGGACACCAACCUCACGGCGUGUAGGCCUCAUUGCCAGGAAGCAGGGCAUGACAACCUUCUUCUUGCCCACGGGCGAGCGCAUCCCCGCGACGGUGCUCCAUGUCGCCUCGAACCAGGUCUCUGCGCACAUCGGCUUCGGCGAGCGCCCAGCAAACAACGAGUCUGCGCAGUACACGGCCAUUCAGGUCGCAGCAGUCGACUCGUUCAGCCCGCGCGCCGUCACAAAGCAGAUCAUGGGCCAUCUCCAAAAGGCCGGCAUCAGGAUUGCGAAAAAGGUCAUUCGAGAGUUUUGCGUCUCCAAAGAUGCACUCAUCCCCCUUGGCACCUACCUCUCGGCGGCCCACUUUGUGCCCGGGCAGAAGAUUGACGUGCGCGCAGUGACGCGGGGCAAGGGCUUCCAGGGUGUCAUGAAGCGCCACGGCUUCAAGGGUCUCCGCGCCUCGCAUGGUGUCUCCGUUUCGCACCGCUCCCACGGCUCGACGGGCCAGAACCAGGACCCGGGCCGAGUGUUUCCGGGCAAGAAGAUGGCGGGGCGCAUGGGCGGCAACAAGCACUCGACGACGCACAACCUCGAAGUGCUCCGCAUCGACACGAAGAGAGACCUCGUCGUCGUCAAGGGCCCUGUUCCGGGUCCUGAGGGCGGCCACGUCGAGCUCUGCGAUGCGUCCAAGGACCUCGUCGGCCGCGCUGCCCACGCUUGGAGAUCUGGACGACUCCCUGACGGCAAGGGCAUGGCCACGGGCAAGGAGGGCAGCGACGAGUACCUACCCGAGGGUAUCGUCGACCUGCCCUUCCCGGCAGGCACGCGCGAGCUGGCACGGACGAUGCCAGAGAUUGUAGAGGUCGGCCCCAAGGCGGCUUAGGCUUAGCAUUCAUUCAUCGAGCCCCGUUUCAAUUUCAUCUCAUA